AUGGGCAACUCCUCCAGGAAGGAAGAGGGGGAAGAAGAAGGAGGAGGUAAAGAAGGAGGAGGAGAAGAAGAGGAUGCGGCGGCGAAGGAUGGCGAGGAGGAAGAAAUCAUAGAGAAGAAGAAAGAAGAGGAGGUGGAGGAAGAACUUCCAUUAGGCGUGGAGGAGUUGUUUGAGAGUGGAGAUCCUGUGUUGGACCUGAGCUACAAGAAGUUCAAGCGACUGCCUUCGCGUGUUUGUGGACUGCUGCAUCUGGAGAAGCUUUACGUUUGUGGGAACAGCCUGCGCACGCUGCCGGACAGCAUCACCCAGCUGGAGGGUCUGCGGAUACUCGCCGUCGACUUCAACAAGAUGGAGGACGUUCCGCCGGCCGUCUGCCAGCUCACCAACCUCACCCGUCUCUACCUGGGCAGCAACCGGCUGCUGUGCCUCCCCCCGGAGCUGACCAACCUGCAGAACCUGCGCUGCCUGUGGGUGGAGAGCAACUACUUCCUGAGAUUUCCCCGCGAGCUCUACGACCUGCCCAACCUCAAGUCUCUGCAGAUGGGGGACAACCGGCUGAAGACGCUGCCUCCCGACCUCUGGCGCAUGGAGUCUCUGAGGGGAUUGUGGCUCUACGGCAACCGCUUUGAGACCUUCCCCAGAGUCCUGCUGCGCAUGGAGUUUUUGGAGAUCUUAGACCUGGACCGCAACAAGAUAACAGAGUUUCCCAGCCUGAAGCGUCUCAAAGCCCUGCGCCUUUUCUCCUACGACCACAACCCAGUGAAGGAACCUCCCAAAGUGGGCGAGGAGGUGCUCCUGGUCGGGGAAGGGGCUGCAGAGUUUUUGGAGGAGCGCGAGGCCAGGAAAGAGAGACGACGGAAGGCCGCAGAGAGAGAGGCAGAGGAGCUGGCUCUGGCUCUGGCGGGAGAGGAGCCGGUGAUUCACGGCAUCCUUAAGAACAGCGGCUCCAACUCAAAGCAGGCAACAAGUGAAGCUGCGGUGACCAUAGAGGGCGCAGAUGUUAGAGAUGGAGACAAGGAGGAUGAGGGAGGGUACAUGGAAUAUGGCGGAGCUGAGCUGGAAUACAACGAAGACGGGGUUGAGUAUGAGACGGAGGAGCUGAUAUGUGAGGGAGAGGGGUUCGAGUAUGAGGGAGAGGAGCUGGAGUACGAGAGGGCUCAGAUGGACUAUGAGUAUGAGGACAGGGAGGAGCUGGAGGACAUGGGGAGACAAGAUGAAGGGGCAUGA